AGGGAUGCUCUGUCCUGACGCAUCUUCUCAGUUGUAGUCAGUGAACCAUGCUGCAGAAAACAUCACUCUGGAGGCAAUGUCUGUGGCACAUUUCAGAAGGGCAUCACGGGCAUGCUGGAUGCAUGCUGACCUCCAUGGACACUGCAGCAUACAAUAAGUAGAACUGGGAAAGUGUUUCAGUGAAAUCUGUGGCUACCUGUUCAAUCCAAGCAGGAGGGUGAUUCAUGUCAGCCAUGAAAACUGUGUGAAGACUUCUGCCAUCCGUCUUUAUGUUCAUCUGGCCAUCAGGAUGUGUCCAGAGACCACAGAAAUAUCUCAGAAACUUGCCUACAGAUACAACAGCAGCAGCCCAAGGGCCAGAGCUUUUCUGAUACCUGACCGUGGUGACCCUAUACCUAUGGAAGACAUUGAAAGCAGUGCUGAAAAUGAGUCAGAAUUUCGAAUAGGUUCCACCAACCAGACCAGAUCACCUCCACGUGAACAACGAACUGUGUCAGUGGAAACAGCAAGAUACCUCACUAGUCCAUGGCUGACCCGUUUUGUUCCUUUGGUUUACACCUUAGUGGUUGUGCUGAGCCUCCCUCUGAAUGUUACAGCCAUAUUCGUGUUUCUGAAAAAAAUGAAAAUCGAAAAGCCCGCUGUAAUAUACAUGCUGAAUUUGGCCCUUGCAGAUGUACUGUUUGUAAGUGUGCUUCCCUUUAAGAUUGCUUAUCAUUUCUCUGGAAACAACUGGUUAUUUGGAUCUCAAAUGUGCCGCUUCAUCACUGCUGCUUUCUACUGCAACAUGUACUGUUCAAUAAUGCUUAUGACAAGCAUAAGCUUUGAUCGCUUCUUAGCAGUGGUGUACCCCAUGCAGGCCCUUGGCUGGCGUACAUUAACACGUGCCACAGUGAUUUGUUUCAUCAUAUGGCUUGUAGCAAUAACUGGGGUUAUACCUUUUCUCAUCAGAGAGCAAACCAUGGAAAUACCCAACUUAAAUAUAACAACCUGCCAUGACGUGCUACGGGAAUCCGAACUUCACAAAUACUACCUUCACUUUUUCUCCAUCUUCUCUUCUGUUUUCUUUAUAGUGCCAUUUAUAAUAACUACCAUCUGUUACGUGUCUAUCAUUCGGUGUUUGAGUUCUUCUAAUAUUGUUGCAAAACAAAAUAAGAAGACACGUGCCUUGCUUUUGUGUGUGGCGGUUUUUUCUGUUUUCAUUAUUUGUUUUGGACCAACAAAUGUCCUCCUAUUAAUUCAUUAUAUCAAUUAUUCAUAUGACAACAGUUUAGAGUAUCUCUACUUUGCCUAUCUCCUGUGUGUUUGUAUCAGUAGUGUUAGCUGUUGCAUCGAUCCCCUUGUUUACUACUAUGCUUCUUCUCAGUAUCAGAGACAACUUUUCAGCCUCAUCAGUUCUAAAGGGACUUUAGAUCCUAACAGUAGUAACAGCAGUGGCCAGUCAAUGUCUACCAAUAGCAGAAGGGGUACCUGCUCUACUAAUGUAAAUAACAGUGUCUACAGCAAAUUACUAGCAAUACAGUGAAAUAAUGUCUUACAUAUGCUUAAUUUUUAUGCAAUUUCAGACAAAAAAAAAAAGACUGUAUUAUAUCCAAGCUUUUGCUUAUACCAAGUUGUACAAUACAUAGUUCUAUGGUUUCCUUACAGUAAUGCACAAUCCAAAUUAUAACAUAGUACAUGUGUAUGUAUAUGUAUAUAUAUAUAGUAUAUGUAAAUAGAUUAAUGUAGAGGGAAAAAGUAAUUUCUUUAUAAUAACUGUUGAGUGUUUUGCAAAUAAACUUCCUUUUUUUCAAACAAA